AUGGCACGCCGCGGCACGCCGCGUGCAAAAGGGCGGCCGCCCGGCGGGACGCGGCGGCAGCGCGGCGCGGCGAGCGAUCCCGAGGAAGACGAUGCGCGGCUCACCGCGCAGCUGCGCGAGAUGGGCCUGUACGCGGCGGACACGAUGGGCGACGGCAACUGUUUAUUUCGCGCGCUCUCGGACCAGCUGUACGGCGACCCCAACCACCACGCCCGGCUGCGCAAAGAGGUACGCUUAGAGGCUCAUCAGACGUGUGACCAGCUCGAGGCACACCCCGACAAGUACGCGGCGUUUGUCGAGACGGAAAAGCCGUUUGACGCGUACGUCAAGGCGAUGCGCGAGUCUGGCACGUACGGCGGCCACCUCGAGCUCGCGGCGUUUGCGCAGCUGCAGCAGAAACCGAUCCGGAUCGUGCAGCCCGGCCUCGUCGCGCGUGCACGCCGCGAGCGGCGGCGGCAGGCCGCGCUCGACGCGUACGAUGCAUCGCACGCCUCGGCGCCGGCCGGCGCGGCGCUGAGCGAGCGCGAGCUGCGGCGCACGCGCCGCGCGCAGCACCGCGAGCAGCAAAAGGGCGUCGCGGCGCCUACCGAUACCCUGCUCGAGACCGUCGGGCCACUGCACAUUGCCUACCACAACUGGGAGCACUAUUCGUCACUACGGUCGCUGUGCGGGCCGCACAAGGGCCUGCCGCGCAUCGAGAAUCCCCAAAACCAGGAGCAGCACGAGGACGAGGAGCUGGUCAUGCGCAGCGCACCGGGACACUCGCUCGCGACCGUCCGCCGCUUGCUCGCGGACUAUGGCGACUGGGAGAUGGUCGUCGAGGAGCUCAUUGAGCGCGAUGCGGCCGAGGGCAGCGCGGCGUCCUCCCCGAGCUCUGCCGAGACGACAUCGAGCGACGGCACCGGCACGCAGCUCGCUAAUACCACCCAGUCGCUCCAUCUCGGCAAGAACAGGCCGCGGCGCAGCGCGCGCCACGCCAACAGCGACCACAGCGACACGCCGCCGCUGCGCGAGCUCGCGAUUUAA